CCAUUGUCUCAACAUUGAAAAGCUGCUGAUUUCACCUGCUGGGUUACUCAACAGAUAAAUAUCCUCUGCAACAAAGUGGUUCUCCUCAAAGAAAUGGAUGAGUUUUACAACCAAACCAAUUUCAACCGAAGCAGUGAUUUCAACAACAGCUCACCUGGUGACAGCCCUGAAAAUAUCAAUGGUGUACGUGCAGUAGUGCGUCUGUUGGAAUUAAUCAUCAUUUGCACUGGUCUUCCAUCAACUCUUCUGGCGAUUGUUGCAGUUUGUUGCCUGAUACAAAAAGAUCAUAUUGCUCCGGUCUACAUCAUCAACCUUCACAUUUCUGAUCUGAUUCAACUGUGUUGUUUAACAUCUUUGGCUAUGGGAGGGGACCCUAAAAUCAUUGAAUGCAUCUACUUAUUUGGAGAGAUGGCCAGUGUUGGGUUCAUGGUCUGUAUAUCCUUGGAAAGAUACUUGGUCAUCGUCAAGCCGCUGUGGUACAGAUUAAGAAGAGACAUCAAUACCUUGGUGGUGGUCUGUCUUGUGGUCUGGAUGUUGCCAUUAAUUUAUGCCAUCCCUUUCUAUUGUGAUGUUAAUGAUGAGGUCAGAGAAGCUAUUUAUGCAAUCUAUCACCUCAUCCCUCUUCCCCUUUUCAGCUUCUUUUUGUUUGGAACCAUAGAAGCGCUGUCAGCAGCUCUCAGUGUCCCUGCUGAUGAAAAACGAAGAAUUGUAGCAAUUCUGGUCACUGUCCUGCUCAUUUAUACAUUGUUGUUUGUUCCAAGCAUCGUUUGGUCUCUGGUAGAAAAAGCCAGAGAUAGCUAUAUCUAUAGUAAAGUAGUUUUCAUCUUUCUUAAUUUGAGUCCUCUUGCAGAUUUGACAAUGUACUUCUUCAUUAGAAAAGGAAUCAUCGACAAGCUUUUAAAAUCACUCCCUUGUUGUAAAACAUCUGCUGAUCUGCAAACAAACAGUGCAUACAUUGAUGAUGGGUCCGUUUCAUUUGAUGAACCAGUUUAAGGUUUAAAAUCCACACCUCUACAGAGGUUACUGUGGGGCUUGUUUUUAAAUGUAGUCCUGUUUCUCUCCUAGACAGAGCUUUUACAGUCAGUAACUGUCCGUACUCUCUUUCAUCCUUUGACAUGCUGAAAGUUCUGCUGAAAGUUUCAUCCUUUUUCAAAUUGAGUUUUUCUUUCCCACUGUCACUAAAUGCAUGUUCAGUAAGUAAUUGCUGAAGAGUUCACAACAAAAUUAGAGCUCAUCCAGGAGAACCAAUAACUUGAUGGAAGCAGUUUUCCUUGAUAGGAACUUUUAGUCAUUCUGACUAUGAACUGAUUGAAUUGAAUUCUCUGUGUAAAGUGCCUCGAGAUCACAUGUAAACUGGUGCUACACAAGUCAA